GGGAGGUGGCCGUUCCCUCGGACAGCAUCAGAGCGCAUUGGGCAAGUUCACGCGUUCCGUAGAUGAUGCUGCUCAGCGAUGGCGCUGCGCGCUUGAAAUGUACACUUUACAGAGCAACAAGUGAAAUAUGGAAGAGUCCAGCGUGACAGAGGAGAGGGGCGACUGCACCUGAAACACACAAAGCGAAUGCCGCUUCAGAUCCGGGCUGUGCCGGCCGCGCUGUGGGAAUGGAUACCAGCAGUUUCCUGGUGGGGAUGUGCUUUUUCCUGCUGUCGCUUAAUGGGUUUCUGUCCUCCUCGCUGGCGACGGGCUUUUGCCCAAACCGCUGCGACUGUCAGCAUUCACAGCAUCUCAUGUGCACCAAUCGCGGAUUGCGCACUGUGCCCAAACCCGCUGCGCAGAUGCCCGAGGAAGUGCAGAUUUUCAGCCUUGGGGGCAACUUCAUCUCUAACAUCUCCGCCUUUGACUUCACACGGUACAGUAACCUUGAACGGUUAAAUCUGCAGUACAAUCAAAUAAGAGUUAUUCACCCAAAAGCAUUUGAGAAACUUCCCAAGUUGGAAGAGCUGUACUUGGGACAUAAUCUUUUAACAGCUAUACCCGCGGGAAGUUUGCAGCCCCUAAAGAAAUUGACUAUUCUCUAUGGAAACAACAAUGCAAUUAAGAAAAUCACACCGGGGCUGUUUUCCAACCUGGAAAAUCUUAUUAAAUUGCGCCUGGAUGGCAACUCUCUAGAAGUUCUGCAGGACUCUGUUUUUAAGAGUUUGAUCAAUCUACAUUAUCUUCAUCUGGAAUCCAACAAACUGCAGCACAUUCACAGAAACGCUUUCUCUAAACUGACCAGCCUACGCUUUUUAAACCUGGCCCACAACAAGCAAUCAGCCGUGCGCAAUGUCCUCACUUUCUCUCAACUCAAAGCUUUGACGACGUUGCUGCUGUCUGAGAAUGAAAUUCGACAUAUUGGCAAUCAUGUCUUCCAAAACCUGAAAAAACUGUCCAAGCUUUCCCUCAGCAACAACAAAAUCUCCCAAAUGGACAGUGGUGCUUUGAGGGGCCUGUCGAGCCUCACCGAGCUUCUGAUUGACGGCAACGAGCUGGUGGAAAUUCCUGCCGUCCUCCUCGACCCCCUGGAGCGUGUCGAGGAGCUGGACUUCAGCCGCAACCGGAUAUCCAGCGUGGACUCUCUGGCUUUUUCGAGAGUUAAACACCUAAGAGUGUUGAAGCUGAAGGACAACUUUCUCACCAGUCUGUCUGGGGACAUGUUUACCCUCAACAGCGCACUUUACGACUUGGAUCUCCAAGGCAACAACUGGACAUGUGACUGCCGCCUGGAGCAACUGAGAGAAUGGAUUGCUGCUGCACACUCUCAGGGCAAACUGCUGACUGUGUUUGUGCAGUGUCAUUACCCAGCAACUCUGAGGGGGAAAUAUCUGGACUAUGUGAACAGCUCCCAGCUGCAGCCCCUUGGGAACUGGACUCACUUGUGUACGAGUCAAGCCAGGCCUGAGGAGAGCAGGGCAGGGGCAGUACUAGUGAAGCUGGGGAGCACUGAGCGAGGAGAGAGAGAUUCUCGGUUGCCAGAGGGCGGAGAGAGGACAGAUGAAGAAGCUCAGAAAGGUGUGAGAAAGAGAGGGGAAGUGGAAGAAACAGGACGUUUAAGACCGGUGAACAGGGGUGGAGUCAUGGUAUGGAAAAAUGGAGAGCAAAGGAAAAAAGAGGGACAGGAAGAGGUGGGGAUCCAAGGAGACCAAGGAGGUCCAGAGGUGGCAGAACCUUCUUCUUUCCUGGACAGAAGGAAACCAAAGAAGAAGCUACGGCCUGCUGCAGAGGCAGCUGGGAAACGCGUUAAGGGGAGAACGAGGUCAAAAGUUAUUUUCAAACCCAGUCCAUCAGCCACAAUGAGCCAAGCAAGCAUCGGGCUAACCACCACUGUUUCUGCUCACUCAGGAGAGCAGUUAGAUCUCCUUAGGUCGGAUCAGGAUGACACCCUACCUGUCAUUACAGACCCUUGUGUUUUCAACCGCCAUUUCAUCACUAAUGUGUCCGUGGAUCAUGUCACAUCUAGUACCGUCACUGUGUACUGGACCACCAGGAAUCAUCACCGCUACACACCGGGGCCCGGGCCAGGCCUUGAUGAAGUCCACUACCGGGUUCUGUUUGACAGGUUUGGCACCCAGGAUCGUUUCCCCCGCUACGUUUACGCCCACGGCACGGCUCGCUCCGUGACCCUCCGAGAGCUCAGCUCAGAUGUGACCUACAUGGUCUGCGUGGAGGGAGUGGUCGGAGGUUCCGUGUGUCAGGUCGCACCACGCGACCACUGCGCGGGGCUGGUCACCCUAUCUGAGGGAAAUGGCCGUGGAGCUACGCUGACCUCUGACCUCCAGCUGGUGACGGUGGCGAUGCUCGCCGGGAAUGCGGUGCUGCUGCUGGUCAUCGGCGGGGUGUGGCUGGGGAGAAGUCUGAGGAGAAAGUUGCAGAGGAGGAAGUCAGCCGUGCACGUGCGCCACAUGUACUCCACCAGGCGACCGUUUCGCACCGCAAUGGCCACGGCGUCCGUCUCCACCGACUUCACCAGCUACCAAAGCAGCCGGCCAGCACGACUCGCACCGCUAGAGGAGGGGGAUCUCAUCGAGUUCCCUUGCGACCGCUUUCUGGACAGCAGCAGUGUUCGCAGAGACAACGAAAUGCAGAGAUUCUCUGACUAGAACCAUAAAAAUCCAAAUUAGCUUUAAAAAAAAUGUUGACACUGAAAAAAAUGGGAAUUGCUUCAUGUUUCCAUCUGUGAUUUAGCCUUUUCAACACAAACUCCUCUCAGCUGAGCUCAUGAGACACCAGAGGAAGUCCAUUCCCUCUGACUUCCCCUUUCCCAGUUUGGACCCUUCCUCUUUAAUUUUCUUGCUUCUGUGAGUCUACAUGCGUUGUUUUUCUUUCUUUUUUUCUUUUUUUUGUGUGUGUGUACAUGAAUGAUGUACCACUGAUUUCAACUACGGUGCUAAUAUUCAGUUUGCAGACAUCAUAUUGUCUCAUAUUUGUACAGUGUGUAACGAUGGCUGCUGGGUGGCAGAAAAAUCUCCUGUUUUGUACCACAUCUACCGUGUUUUAUACUUUUAUAAGGAACUUUGUAUCAUUUUGCAUUACAUGACAAAGUAAAAAUCCCCAACAAUGUGACUGAUUUGUCAUUUGAGUGUGUGUGUGUUAUUGUAUCUGCGGGUACUAAAACCCUGACUGUAUAUAAGACUGAGGACGAUAGCAGCAACAGAACAUUAAAGAAGUGAGUGAGCUGUGUGCGUGUCAAGAUGAGGUCUGGCAAUAGUUAGGCAGUCCCUUUGUUUGAGUCUACAGGGUGGAGUGCCUCCUACAUUUAGUACAAAUCAUACACAGACACACAUAUUGACAAUUACCUGCACACAAACUUUUCAUAGCAUCAGACAGUCAAGAUGUUAGACAUUAAAGCUUCUUGGUUUGUGACAGCUGACAUUAAAGGGACAGUUCACGCCAAAAUCAAAACUGCAUAUUUUUCCACUUGCCUGUCUGUCAUUUUUUUUGGUUGUUUGUUUAUUUGUGUUUUAGUCCAAGUAGGUUCCUUUCAUUGAAUAUAAUGGAAGCGAAUAUGGCGGGCAUAUGUUUAGACACAAGAUUUGGGAAAAUACAGAUACAGUUAUUAUUGUACAGAUAUUACAAUAAUAACACAUAACUUCUUGAAAGCAGCUGACUCACAGUGUUGCAGACAUCCAGAGUCUCAAACAUGUCCAUGAAUGCCUCAUCAGGCAAGUUGUAAUAAAACAUUUUUUUAAGAUA